AAAUCCGAGUGUCCAACCAAACAACACUGCUCUGGUGCUCCCUCAGUCCCUCACUCGCUCGUCGCCGGACAGAACAGGACGCCGAAACAGCAGGGUUUUUUCCCUACUCUAAUACUUUUUGGAUUUAGUAGUUCCCAUUAAAUCCAGUAACUAAUAAGCUUGUUAUGAGAAAUGACAUAUGCCCGAUCCAAAAGUUGUUUAAGAACUUGUUUGACAUCAUUAACAAAAAAGAGAGGAGAAUUUAGCAAAGUGUGUAAAUAGAUGGAGCAAUCUGGCGCAGUUUCUUCGAAAUUCUUCAAUAAUAACUCUCAAGGACUCUUUUUCAGAAAUCUUUCCAGGUCAAGUUUUGCAUUAUAGAUGAGUGAUUGUCUGAAAAUGCUUUGUUCGCAUCGAAAGCAUGUUCUCUUUCUGAUAUACAUUAUUAACUUCAGCCUCAUUGGUCCAGCACUGAGUCAUAGGAGUAAGCAUGAGACCAAAGUCCUGCAUGUUGGGGAGGAGCUACAGAAGGAAACUAUUUCAUUACAGUCAGCAUCCCGACUGUACCAUUUGCAGGGACUGAAAUCUCACACUUGGUAUGAAGUAAAGAUAUCUUAUCCUGCUUCUAUACCAGCUACUUUUUCUUUACAACUCAAGAAAGAUAGUUCAGGGUUGGAGCUAAAUAGGGAAAGAAAAUUACUGGAUACUGAAAAAUUAAUAUUCAAGACUGAUGUCUUGGACUUGCUUGAUAAUCAGGGUGCUAUGUUUGUAUUGGUAACUGUGGAGCCUGAGGGGGUUGUUGCAAUACGUGGAGUGCAAGAAAGAAAAUUCGUCAUAUUCAAUAUAGUUUGUGACGAACUAUAUUUAGGCAUUCCGGAGAAAGCAUGGUAUGUUGUCGUGUUGGUAAUAUUGUGCUUGGUUGUUGCAUUUGUGAUCCCAUCUUUUCUCCCACUGUAUCUUCUACCAAGGAGUCAAAACCGAAAUAUAGCUGAUCAGGUAAUAUCUAAGGAUUCUUAACUAUGUCGGACCUGACAUCUCUGUAGCUGUGAGUCUCAUUUUUUUUCUUUUUAAAAUAAUCUUAUAGGCUUUUGAUUUGUGACCACUUUGAACUAUAUUCAUUUAUAUGUCUUCAGUCUAAUGUAUUGAAGUGUAAUCAAUUUGAUAUAUUCAGGCUGUGAAAUGAGAACUUUAUAUUUAACUA